AUGGCGAAUCGACCUGGAUCAUCAUCAUCAUCACAAUGGCCCAUUCUCUCCCUCGUGAUAGCCCUCUUUGGCGGUAUCAUCGCCUUCCUUUUCAUCAACAACCCCUUCUUCCAGCUAAACCAGGACCGGGAUCCGAUCCAAUAUAUUAUUCCAUGGAACAAGAUAUCAUCACUAUUAUCAGGCCAACAGAAAGAAAAUGAAGAAGAAGCCAUCGAUCCAACCGACUACGUCGCCCGCGCAAGACGGAUUCUGCGCACGACGCCCCUGAUCGACGGGCACAAUGAUUUCCCGUUCCUGCUGCGCCAGCAGCUGAAGAACAGGAUCUACGACCAUGACUUUGAGGACGAGAGGUUGGCUGCUCAUACGGAUUUGCGUAAGAUGCGCGAGGGUCUUAUGGGAGGUCAGUUCUGGAGUGUCUACGUGCCUUGUCCGGAGGAUUUGGUUCCGAAAACGGGUGAUGAUGGUGAUGAGAAGAAGUUUGUGCCGGGGCUUAAUGAGCCGAAUUGGGCUGUCCGCGACACCCUCGAGCAGAUCGACGUGACAAAGCGCCUCGUCGCGCAGUACAGCCACCUGCUCGAACUCUGCACCGACCCCCACUGCAUCCGAGCCGCCCACAAGGCGGGCAAGGUCGCCAGCAUGAUCGGGAUCGAAGGCGGGCAUCAGACAGGCAACUCGCUGGGGGCGCUGCGCCAGCUGUUCGACCUCGGCGCGCGCUACGUCACGCUCACACACAACUGCGACAACGCCUUUGGCACGGCCUGGACGACGACGUUCAACAAGACGACAGCAAGCAGCCACGAAGAUCCGGGCCUCACGCCCUUCGGCCGCCACUUCGUCCGCGAGAUGAACCGGCUCGGCAUGAUGGUCGACCUGGCGCACGUCUCGCCCAACACGAUGCGCGACGUCCUGGCCAUUUCCCGCGCGCCCGUCAUCUUCUCUCACUCGGGCGCCUACAGCGUCCAGCCGCACGGGCGGAACGUGCCUGACGACGUGCUGCGGAGCCUCAGGACCAACGGCGGUAUCGUCAUGGUGCCCUUUGUGUCCCCUUUCCUGAAUAUCGAGCAUCCUGAGGAGGCGACUGUCGAGGACGUCGUCGAUCACAUCCUCUGGAUCGCAGACGUGGCUGGAUGGGAGCACGUCGGGUUAGGGUCUGAUUUCGACGGGACGGUGAAUGUCGCCAAGGGGAUUGAUGACGUCACCCAAUGGCCGAAUCUAAUCGCACGGCUGCUUGUCCGCGGCGUCUCCGACGAACACGCCAGGAUGCUGGUCGGCGAGAACCUCCUUCGCAUGUGGACGCAGGUCGAAGAGGUCGCGAAGACGAUCCAGAAGGAGGAAUGGCCCGACGAGGCGUUCUGGGAGGACAGACUGUGGGAACCUGAGUAUCCCGGUGUUCCGCGGUUGUUUCCGCCCGUACAGCAGAAGGAAGAGGUUUAG